CAUCUCUUGUUUUACAAAGUGUGUGUGGUUUCAGCGCAGCAUGGCUGUGGUCAUCCGUUUGCAAGGUCUCCGAAUUGUGGCGGGGACCAUGGACAUUCGCCACUCCUUCUCUGGAUUGGCCAUCCCUGAUGGGGGCAUGCAAAUUGUAGGGGGUGAACUGGGUGAGGCUUUCAUCGUUUUUGCCACUGAUGAAGAUUCAAGGCUUGGUAUGAUGCGCACAGCUGGUACAAUUAAAGGGUCAAAAGUAACACUGUUACUGAGUAGUAAAACAGAAAUGCAGAAUAUGAUUGAACUGAGUCGUAGGCAUUUUGAAACUGCCAACUUAGAUAUACCACCAUCAAAUGCUAGUAGAUCAGGACCGCCACCUACUUCAGGCAUAAGCAGCAGGGUGACUUUGCCAGCAACAGUACCUUCGCCGAGUGUAGUUACUGCUACUACCUCUUCUGUUCAUGAGAGCAGCAAAAACAUACAGACAUUUUCCAUAGCCGGCGUAGGAAGUGCUCCUCCAAGUAUGGGGACUUCUUUUGGGAGUCCAACAUUCAGCUCAACCAUUCCGAGUACAGCUUCUCCAAUGAACACAGUCCCACCACCACCAAUUCAUCCAAUCCCAGCGUUGCCAUCUUUGCCACCGCUGCCAUCCAUUCCCCCAAUACCAGUUCCUCCUGUGGUACCAACAUUGCCUCCUGUGCCACCUGUUCCUCCCAUUCCCCCAGGCCCUUCUGUGCCACCUAUGACCCCAUUGCCACCCAUGUCAAGCAUGCCACCAUUGAAUCCACCACCUGUGGCACCUCUACCUGCUGGAAUGAAUGGCUCUGGAGCACCUAUGAAUCUGAACAGUAAUCUGAACCCUGUGUUCCUGGGUCCAUUAAACCCUGUUAACCCUAUCCAGAUGAACUCUCAAAGCAGCGUGAAGGCACUUCCCAUCAACCCUGAUGAUCUCUAUGUGAGUGUGCACGGAAUGCUCUUUUCUGCAAUGGAGAACGACAGUCGGGAGUUUUUCCAUGGGCUCCGUGUUGAUGCAGUGCAUUUGUUAAAAGAUCAUGUAGGUCGAAAUAAUGGGAAUGGAUUGGUUAAAUUUCUCUCCCCUCAAGAUGCAUUUGAAACUUUGAAACGGAACAGAAUGCUGAUGAUUCAAUGCUAUGUGGAAAUCAGUCCUGCCACAGAGAAACAGUGGGUAGCUGCUGGAGGUCAUAUCACUUUUAAGCAAAGUAUGGGGCCUUCUGGACAAGCCCAUCCCCCUCCACAGACAGUUCUAAGGUCAAAGUUGCCCAGUGGGCAGAAAAGGUCACGGUCAAGAUCACCACAUGAGGCUGGUUUUUGUGUUUACUUAAAAGGGCUACCAUUUGAAGCAGAAAACAAACAUGUCAUCGACAUUUUUAAUAAGUUGGAUAUUGUAGAAGAUAGUAUUUAUAUAGCUUAUGGACCCAAUGGGAAAGCAACUGGUGAAGGUUUUGUAGAAUUCAGGAAUGAUUCUGACUAUAAGGCUGCUCUCUGCCGUCAUAAACAAUACAUGGGCAAUCGCUUUAUUCAAGUUCAUCCAAUUACUAAGAAAGGUAUACUAGAAAAAAUAGAUAUGAUUCGAAAACGACUUCAGAACUUCAGCUAUGACCAGAGGGAAAUGGUGUUAAAUCCGGAGGAGGAAGUCAGUUCUGCCAAAAUCUGUGCCCAUAUAACAAACAUUCCAUUCAGCAUUACAAAGAUGGACGUUCUUCAAUUCCUAGACGGAAUCCCAGUGGAUGAGAAUGCACUGCCUAUCAACGCCUGCAUAGGGCAGGCGUUGGUUCAGUUCAAAACGGAAGAUGAUGCACUUAAAUCUGAACACUUAUACAGUAAAAAGCUGAAUGGGAGAGAAGCUUUUGUUCAUAUAGUUACCCUAGAAGAUAUGCGAGAGAUUGAGAAAAAUCCCCCAGCCCAAGGGAAAAAGGGCUUAAAGAUGCCUGCUCUAGGUAAUCCUGCAGUACCAGUGAUACCUAGUGCAGGGGUUCCUGCUGCUGGAAUUCCCACUGCUGGAAUACCUGGUGGUGGGAUAUCUGGUGCUGGAAUGCCAGGUAGUGCAAUACCCGGCCCUGCAAUACCCGGUGCUGCAAUACCCGGUGCUGGCAUGCCCAGUGCAGGAGGAGAAGAGCAUGUCUUAUUGACUGUAGGAUCGAAGGAGGCCAAUAAUGGGCCACCAUUUAACUUCCCUGGUAAUUUUGGUGGACCCACUGCCUUUGGGCCACCACUCCCCCCUCCAGGAUUAGGGGGUGCCUUUGGUGAUGUGAGACCUGUUAUGCCUUCUGUUGACAACAAUGGUUUGCCUGGCCUAGGACUGGAAGUUCCAGGUUUUGGAGGUACACCAAAUAAUUUAAGUAGGGCAUCAGGAUUUGGAGGGAUCCCUCAGAAUUUUGGAAAUGGCCCAGGUAGUUUAAGUGCUCCUCCUGGUUUUGGAAGUGGGCCCCCUGGUCUGAGAAGUGUUCCCGGGCAUUUGAGUGGGCCUCCAACCUUUGAGCCUGGGCCUGCUCCAAUCUAUAUUGGGGGUCCUCCUGGCUUUGGAGCUAGCUCUGGAAAACCAGGACCUACAAUAAUUAAGAUGUAGAACAUGCCUUUUACUGUAUCUAUUGAUGAAAUUUUAGAUUUCUUUUAUGGUUAUCAAGUAAUCCCAGGUUCAAUAUGUUUGAAGUACAAUGAAAAAGGCAUGCCUACAGGUGAAGCCAUGGUGGCCUUUGAAUCUUGGGAAGAAGCCACAGCUGCUGCCAUUGACUUAAAUGAUAGACCUAUAGGCUCAAGGAAGGUAAAACUCGUUUUAGGGUAG